CUUCUUCUUCCUCCGGAUUAGGGUUUCCUUUAAUUUCGCGACUUCAAAACGCCGUCGUUUUUGAAAUCAACGAGCAAUGGGGACCGAACUGGUGGUCGCGACGCACAGAGUCCAGAAAUUCUUCGACGACCUAGAGGCGCAGAAGGCGAUCCUCUCCACCUCCACGAAGCUCUACGCCACCAUCUCCGAUCACUUCACCGCCCUCCAGAAAUCGCUCGCCGAGAAAUUCAAAUCCCUCGACUCCAAAAUCGAAUCCCUCGAGUCGCGUUCCCGCCAAACCCUAGAGUCCCUCGACGUCCGCGAGACCUCGCUCGCGGAGCGCGAAGCCUCCGCCGCGGCACGCGUCUCGGAGCAGAAAUACGCCGCCUUGGCCGAGUUCGGAAGAAUAUUUCCGGCGAAUUUGGACAUCGCCGUGACGCUGAAAUCGCUGUGUAGAAAAAUGGACUCGGAGGGGCUGCUGAGGUUUAUAGUUACGAAGCGGAAGGAGUCGGUGUCGCUGAGGGCGGAGAUUGUUCCGGCAAUGGCGGAGGCGGUGGACGCGCCGAGGCUGGUGUUGGAUGCUUUGGAGGUGUUUCUGGAGACCAAGGCCAAGAAAGUUGGGGUCACCGAUAAGCGGUGGGCCUGCGGGCUGCUGAUUCAGGCUCUGUUUCCGGAGGCGCGGUCCGGUUCCCGUCCGAAAGGGCCGGCAUUUGCUAGGAGUGUGGUGGAGAGAGCGGCGGGCGUUGCGGACAGGUGGAAGGGGCAGAUGGAUGAGCUGAGCAGGAGUGGUGGAGGGACAUUGGGGGCGGCGGAGGCGGUGAUGUUUGUGCAGAUGGUGAUUGGGUUUCAGUUGAAGGAGAAGUAUGAUGAGGAGUUUUAUAAGAAGUUGGUGAUGGAACAUGCUGCUAGGAGAGAUAUGGCUAAGCUUGCCGGGGCACUACAAUUCGGAGAUAUUGGAGAUGUUAUUGAUGAGUUAGUGAAGAAUGGAAAGGAGAUAGAGGCAAUAUAUUUUGCUUUUGAGUCUGGUUUGACCGAGAGGUUUCCUCCUAUUUCCCUUCUCAAGUCCUAUUUGAAGAACUCCAAGAAGAAUGCUUCAACCAUAAUGAAGAAUGGCAACAAUAGUGUGGCUGCAUCUGAGGAGUCGAGCACUUUGGAGUUGAAUUCCAUCAGAGCAGUUAUCAAAUGUGUAGAGGACCACAAACUUGAAUCAGAAUUUACACUCGACUCCCUAAGGAAGCGAGUCACUGCUUUAGAGAGAGCCAAAGCAGAUAGAAAGAAGAAUUCAGCUGCAGCUUCCAGUAAGUCUAAUAACAAGCGUUCGUAUGGUAGUGGAGGCGGCGGUGGCGGCCGUGGAGGAGUUGGAUCAUCAUCUUCCCGCCCAGCAAAAGCUGCCAAGUAUUCCAAUGCACACCCAUCAUCUUUUAACCGGAGAAUCCCAAAUCCUCCUCCACAGCACAGCCCAGUAACAAGAUAUCCUGGACCGUACAAUUACCCAAGCCCAACCGUAAAUCCUCCUCCACAGCACAGCCCAGUAACAAGAUAUCCUGGGCCGUACAAUUACCCAAGCCCAACCGUGUAUGACGGUGCAACAUCAGUCUCUUACGGAACCUCAUAUGGAGUAGCCCGUGCUCAAAGCCCUGUUGCUCUUCCACAACAACACAUAUAUUCCCUAUCUGGCGACAGCAGCAUGGCUGCUAGUUCUGUAUUCCGAAGUGGGGGUUCAUAUGGCGGCCAGACCAGUUAUGGAGGGCCAUACGAUUAUGCAAAUGCGACACCACCGUCUUACCAACCGCCACCCUAUCAACAAUAAUUUUGCAGACAAUCCAGACAUAGCUACAUGGUUGGUAACUAGGGUCCCUUGUCAUAUAAUGCUUUUUUGUCCGGUGAAUUACCUAGUCUGGACUGUAGACUCUGUUGCUGCUGCUCUUUUCACUUUUAUUUUCACCUUACAAAUCCAAAGGUUAGAAAGGUAAGAACAAUUAUGCUCCUUGAUCAUUAUAUUCAUUUGAUAUAGACCAACGAGUCGUCUGU